AUGCAAAUUAAAUCAAAUGAACAUAAUCAACCAGAACUAGGUUUGGGUAUUGUUACAGAUCUGGACAAUAAAGUUACAGAUAAAGAAGUUGAUAGAGCCCAUAGGCAGUUUAUGCUAUUAUUUAAACAUAUCCUUACACCAUCAACUCAAGGUCUAUUUGAUUAUGAAAUAAAUCCUAAAUCAAUCAAAUCUAAAUCUAAAUAUUACAAGUUUAGUGUGAAACAUCACAAGGAAUACCAACAAAUGAAAGAACAAAAUGAUAUGGAAGAAGAAAAUUUUACAAUAUUAAAAACUGAAGAUGUUAUUUAUGAAUUGCUGUCAAUGCUUAAUCAAGGUUUGCAAUAUUUAAAAUCAGAUAUGUCAAAAUUAAUUAAAUCAGAACUACUUCAUAAAAAUAAAAAACAAAUUAUGAGUGAAACUGAAGACUACAACAUGAAGUUUUAUUUAAACAAUCAUAGUGAAGAAGAUACUUUUCAAAGUGAAUCUAAUUUGCCAAAAUUUGAUGAAUUUUUAUUACAAUCAUUUUAUAUUUUAUUUAUUGGUCCAUUUUUGAACAAGAGAGAUUAUAAAUAUUUGCAAAUAGAAUCUCAAGAUUUGCUUUUUAUUGGAAAAGAUGAAUUAGUUAAAAGAAUGGAAGUGAUUGAAUUAAAUAUUGAGUGUCAUAAACUUUUUGUUGGUACAGAAUGUCAUCCUGAAUAUUUAUCAAAAGUUUUAGAUCCUUCAAGACCAAUUUUAGGUUUAAUUGAUGCCUUUGCUGUAUAUUAG